CCGCUACAGACAUGCGGAUAGGCUGAAGAAGCAGAAAUCUCCUUUAUCCUUGGAGUCAAUACAGCAGCGCAAUGGCCGCAGUAGAUGUAAAUUGUUGAAGGCGAUUUGAUUUAUUUUAGUGCCCCGCGUUGCGCAUUGUUUUGUCUAUCGCUUGGCUGGGACCUGCUGCAAGUAGUGGUCCCUACGCUGAAACGACGCGCCAGUUCCCCCAACUGUGUCUGGAGAGGUUAAGCUGUCAGGCUGAAUGGCUGAGCCGGAGCUUCUGCUGGAUUCCAAUAUUCGACUCUGGGUCGUGUUGCCCAUUGUCUUCAUCACGUUUUUGGUUGGAGUGAUGCGACAUUAUGUCUCUAUUCUUCUCCAGAGUGACAAGAAGUUGACGUUAGAACAGGUUUCUGACAGUCAAGUUCUUAUUCGGAGCAGAAUUCUUAGAGAAAAUGGAAAAUACAUUCCAAAACAGUCUUUUCUGAUGAGGAAGUUUUACUUCAAUAAUCAAGAAGAUGGAUUUUUCAAGAAGACUAAAAGAAAAGUUGUUCCACCAUCUCCAAUGACAGAUCCCAGCAUGCUGACAGAUAUGAUGAAAGGCAACGUCACCAACGUGCUUCCCAUGAUCCUUAUCGGCGGCUGGAUCAAUUGGACUUUUUCAGGAUUUGUAACAACUAAGGUUCCCUUCCCUCUCACUCUACGCUUCAAGCCCAUGUUGCAGCAAGGAAUAGAGCUGCUCUCACUGGACGCUUCAUGGGUGAGCUCAGCAUCGUGGUAUUUCCUCAAUGUGUUUGGACUACGAAGCAUGUACUCACUGAUACUUGGCCAGGACAAUGGUGCCGAUCAGUCGAGGAUCAUGCAGGAGCAGAUGAGUGGUGCUGCCAUGGCUAUGCCUGCAGAUACAAAUAAAGCCUUUAAGGCUGAAUGGGAGGCACUGGAGCUGACUGACCAUCAGUGGGCGCUAGAGAGUGUAGAAGAGGAUCUGAUGAGCCGAGAGCUGGACUUUGAUGGCAUGUUUAGCAAGGAGCUGCCAAGUGGUAUCUUCUGAUGGCCUGGUCUCUCUUUCUUGGAGCCUUCAAUUUGAAUUUUGAUUAUUGCAGGAGUUUGUUUUGUGGUUAAAAGUAAGAGAUGGGACAAAUUCCUUCAUGUUAUGCAAAGUUUACAGGAUUUGUUUGUGGCCCUUGUCUUUUCAUAUGUAUUAUCUUUCCAUUCCUGUUCAUAAAAAAUGUGAAAUACCUUAAAAUACACUGGUUUUGCUGCUGUUUCAUAAAUAUGAGAAAGCACUGGUAUAAUUCAUAUUAGUUAAAGGUAGGAGGGGUGGACAUGGGUGCUUUUUGCUUUUGAUAGCAUUAUUAUUAGCUUACACAUGUAUGUCAUCAUUAUGCCGUUAAUAAUAGUAUGCAAACUGCUUAGUGCUUGUCUUGUUCUAUGGACAGCUAGACAAGCUGUCUCCAUUUCCAUAUGUUUUGUCGCUAGUAUACUGUAUAACUUCAAUUUAUAGUUCUGAAUAUUUUUAUUUAAGGCCAAUAAAACCACUAAUCACUAAUUUAAUCACUUGGUAGAUCAUAGAUCUGUUUUGAGGUAGCUUCCUAAAUUGGAAUUACACUCAGGUCAGAUUAAUUGUUGAUAGAAUAUAAAUUCCUGGUUGAAAUAUUGUUUUUCAAGUAUGUAGAUGCUUUAUUUUGUAAUGUAACUCCCCUUUGUUUUGUACAGCAUAAAGCCUGAUUUGACUA